AACCUUGAUGAAUCUAAAGGCGUAAAUACAAAACAAAAUGGUAUCGCUGAACCCUUGGAAAAGGGCCUUUUUUCUAUUCCCGAUAAACAAAACCCAAAUACUCACAAUCACAACGCACCGUCACUGCAAUUCGUCACUCUCAACAACGAAUAUGAACGACGCUGUUGUUGUUUCCUUACAAGAAUGGCAGGGUUGGGGCACCACGUCACCAGUCCCUGCUAUGGUUACUCAAAUCGCCGAGGAUUUGAAGCUUCUGGAGAAAGAUUUCGAUUCUCAGAUGAAGUUUGGCCGCGCCGGUGGAAAGUUACAGGGGAAUUUUGGACACCAAGAAGAUAAAAAACACCGUGCAACUUAUAAGGCUUUGCCUGAUUCUGAAGCAAAGCUCAAAUUUUAUUCUGCUAGACAAAUAGCUUGCCGCGUACUUGGUAGCAAGGGUUACCUUUGUCAAAAGUGCUGGCUUGCUAUGGAAGAUUGUAUGUGUUCACAAAUCACAUCCUGCUUGCUCUUUCCUGGAAUAAAGUUUUGGUUGUAUAUGCAUCCCAAGGAUUUUUUACGACAGAACAACACUGGAAAGCUUUUGUGGCAAGUUUUUGGUGUUGAUGCUGCAACUUUGUGUCUUUUUGGCAUUCCUGAACAUGAACAAAUCAUGUGGGAUUCCUUGAAACUGGCAGGUAGAAGUAAUGUGUGGUGCCUUUAUCCCAACAAAAAUGCUAUUUUGGAAUCAGUUGAAAAUGUAUUUGGUCAGGAACCAGUUGCAAAUAGUGAAGUAACAUCAGAAAAGCAGGUAAAAGUAGAUACAACUCAGCAUUUUAUUUUGAUUGAUGGGACAUGGAGCAAUUCGGCAGCAAUGUUUAGGCGCCUGCAGGAUCAAGCAAAGUCAAUUUGGGGAGAUGAGGAGAACCUUUCUUGUAUAUCCCUAAAUGCUGGUACUUCUGCCAUGCACAAACUUAGGGCAGGCCUCAACCAUCAUGGGAUCGUACUUGUACAGCAGCAGCCGCCGCUGGCCUACUCUCGGAACUCCAACUUCUUCCAAGAUUUAGCUCAGUUGGAUUGGAUAAACAGUCAGAAGCAGUAGAACAUGCUUUAACAGUCCUAUUAGAAGCCCUCACAAAGAGACGACUUCGGAUGGGAAGGUCCAUAACAAGAAAAGUAAGGCCAAAUAACAUCUGUUAGAGAUCUAACCAUUUUUUUUUCUGACAGAUUAUAAGCCUCUUGCAGUUUUUGAAAUGAGUAAAUUAUCAGCCCUUUUAAAGCUUAAUGAGAAGUAGUGACUGUAGUUAUGCAGACAAGAAUUAUCUUCCGAUAUGUUCAAUUUUUACAAAGGUUUCAAGUCUCAAAGUUCAGUUGAAACAGUGACUUGUACUUUCUUCCUUUCAUUUACAAGAAGAUUGAUGUUAUAUACUUAAAUCCUCCAACACAAUCUUCCUAGUAACCGCUUAGUACUUCACCAAGAAACUAGUACAAUGAAAAAGGAAAUGCAUUUAAUAUGUCGGUAGCUUGUGUAGGAGGAUAUUAGAGAACAAUGUAUAAUUUUUCUUGCAAUUUUUGGAUAGAAAGUACAUUUCCAUGGAGUUUUGGAGUAAAUCAGGCACGGGAAAAAGACGAUUUUAGGAUUUCUAUUUCUUGUUGUUUUCUUCUUAUGACCAUCGCUGGUUUUCUGUGCUUAUUCCUUUUGUUUUGGAGGAGUGAAAAUUUGAAGGAUAAAAAAGCCUCUUGUAUACUUAAUUGAAUAUAUAUUUAUAGUUAUAGAACUGUCAUUCUGAAAUAUGUUA